AUGUCUCCAAUAAUUCAAACAGUAAUUUUAUGUGGUAAACAAAAUAUUCCGCUCAGAGGACAUCGAGAUUCCAAGAAACUUAUUGUUGAACAAGAAAAUGACAAGUUAAUCCAAAACCAGGGGAAUUUUAGAGAAAUAUUAAGAUAUAGAGCGCAAGGAGAUGACCAUUUGAAAUCAUUUUUGGAAGCUGAAGGAACAAUAAAAUAUACAGGUGCAACACUUCAAAAUGAAAUCAUUGAAUCCUGCAAUAAAAUUAUUUUAAAUAAAAUUGUAACAAACAUAAAUUCCCAAAGAUGUUUUACAAUACUUGCUGAUGAUACAGCCGACAUUAGUGGAAUCGAACAAGUAUCUUUAUGUGCACGCUAUUUAGAUGUUGAAAAUAUGAUUAUUAAGGAAGAAUUUCUUCAGUUUGUGCCUACGACAGAUACUACUGGAAAAGGUUUAGUCGAUAUAUUAUAA